AUGUUUUGGACAAUAAUUGUAAUUAUAUUUUCAGGAUUUUUAUCUAUUCUUCUUUAUCGUACAUAUGUAGUAUUUACACCAGAUAAAGCUAUAUUUCAACCAUGUUCAUCAUCAAUUGAUAAUCAUUCUUUGCAAUUUGAUCAACAUCGUCUUCAAACAUUUCAAAAAUUACUUCAAUUUCAAACAAUAUCCUAUGGACGCAAUAAACAAAACUUAAUUGAAAUUAAAAAAUGUCGAGAUUUCAUAAAAGCACAUUAUGAUGAUUUAAUAAAAAAAUAUUCAAAAUUUGUUGAAUUACAUGAUAUUGCAGAAUACUCAUUAUUAUAUUCUAUUCAAGGAAAAAAUUCAAAUUUAAAACCAUUUCUUUUUUCUGCUCAUAUGGAUGUUGUACCUGCUGGAAAUAUAAAUCGUUGGAAAUAUCCACCAUUUGAUGCUCAUUCAGAUGAAGAAUUUAUUUAUGCACGUGGUACACUUGAUGACAAAGGAAAUCUAUUUACUAUGAUGGAAGCUCUUAAGGAAUAUUUGAAUGUAUAUGGUCAACCAUUACGAACAUUUUAUAUAGCAUUAACACAUGAUGAAGAAGUAGGUAAAUCAGGAGCUAUGGGUAUUGCUCAUUAUCUUUCACAACAACCUUUUGGUCAUAAUGGUCAAUUUGAAUUUAUACUUGAUGAAGGAACAAUUAUUCUCGAAGAAGCAUUUCCAACUCUUAAAAAUCCUAUUGCUAUAAUUGGUGUUGCUGAAAAAGGUUCUAUAAAUAUUGAAUAUCGUAUUGAUGUUGCACCAGGUCAUUCAAGUAUGCCAUCAGCAUCAACAGCUAUUGGUAUAUUAGCUCGAGCUGUUGAUAAACUUGAAAGUACAUUACAACCAUCACAAUUUGGUCGUGGACCUGAGCUAAGUCUUUUCCAUGGUGUGACACCUUAUUUAAAAUUUCCAUUACGAUUAGUAAUGAGUAAUAUUUGGUUAUUUGGACCUGUUAUUCAAUUGGUUUUAAGUCGAAAACCAGGAACAGAUGCUAUGCAACGUACAUCAACAGCAGUAACGUCUAUUUCUGGCGGAGAAAAAGAAAAUAUUUUACCAACAUCAGCUUCAGCUACUGUUAAUCAUCGUAUUCAUACAGCUGAUUCAUGUCGAAAAAUUCUUGAAAAUAAUCGUCGUAUAAUAAAUGAUGAUCGUCUUGUUUCUCAUAUAAAGUCAUGUUCAGAACCAUCACCUAUAUCACCAUAUGGUAAACAUAUUUAUCCAUAUCGUAUUCUUGAACAAACAAUACGUCAAACAUUUGAAAAUGAUCAUCAUCACCCAAUUAUUGUUGUACCUGGUUUAAUGGUAGGUGGAACAGAUAGUAGAUCAUAUACGAAUCUAUCAAAAAAUUUAUAUCGGUUUUCUCCAUUUGUUUAUCAUCAUAAUGAUUUAAAUCGUCUUCAUGGUGAUAAUGAACGUAUAAGACAUAGUGAUAUGCAGCGAGGAUUAAAUUUUUAUUUUCAUCUUAUUCUUAAUAAUCAACUUGUGAAUAUAUCUGAAACAAAAUUAAAUUCAGAACUUUAA